GCAAACGCCGCGCUUCCUAAACUCUGCAUACCCUUCAGAUGAACACGUUUUGUGAUGCCACUGCGGAUAUUUUAGGAUGUGGAAGAUCAGCUUUUUCGGUCGGGCAUCGUUGUGACAGUUGUACGUGGAGAAUAUUAGAAAUCGCAAGGACUGCUUUGAAAAAUGAAAGGAGGCUGGUAAUGACUCGGCGAUCUUUUGGCGCACAUCGACUCGCAUCUCUCAUCUCUCUCGGUUCUCUCCGCUGGCAAUAUCAACGAACGCCGAAAACAGAAGCACUUUUUAUGGUUCGGCAUAUUACUUUGAAAAUGAGCGGGAAGUAACAGCGCAUGACAUCACGAAUUUCAACAGCAGUAAGCGCAGAUAGAACGUUUUAUCGGAUUAUGCAUUUCUUUAUUUUUAUUGACGUUAUUUCAUUUGCGUUAUAUUGUCACUUUUCCUCGCUAUGGAGAAAGGGGAUGGCACCUACUGACUGACCGCCUACAUAAAGGAAGGCUUGUGUUAUGGUUCUUAUCGUAUGUGAGUUUUCUUUAUGGUGUUUCUGUUUUGUUUUGAUUUGUGCUUCCCUGUCCUUUUUUUAUUUGUUUUUUGUUUUUUUUUCGAUAUCGGUAUUUAAGACACGGAUUCCAACGUUUUUAUUAUAGCUGCAGGUAUACAGUAUAUAUAUCAUAUGUGCUAUACAAUGUUCGUGGGAUUUUCCACUACAGGCAAGAUCGAUAUACAAAAAAUACUUUCCACUUACAUGAACUGAUUGAACAUAGCCUCUGGCCCGAUUUAGAAAACAACCAAGGCGCCUGCUGAAUCAGCAGUGGAAGAGUAGCUGAUGUUUUUACGUUGUUUAUCUAUGAUUCUUGCCUACAGAAAUAAUCAAAAUUCAAUAUGUCCCUCUCUCAAAUAUAUAUAUUUUGGAGACUAUAACAUGCUCACACAUGCUCGUACUGUAAUCUAUUUUCAUUUCGACUUUAAAUUAGGCAGACAGGGUUUCUCGUCUUACUUUAAUAAUUGAGAUUUCAAUGCAGUAUACCAUAACUUGUUAAAGUGAAAACAUUCCUCAAUAUGAAACAAGUAAAUUAGCCUAUUAUCCUAUAAGUCACAUUCCAUGUGUUAAGAUGCAUUGCUACAUAUUCAAGUGUAAAAGUAAGAAAGGAUAGAAAAAAAUAAGCAUUAUUUUAUUUACUGUAAGAGAAUCGGAAUAAUGAAAGGGUGAUGUGACUUAUAUUUUGAAAGAAAGAACGUUUUUUUCUAUAAUUCUUACCAAAACACAUUAAAUUACAUUUUGUGCUAUUUUACGCAUGCAUUAUAAAUAUUUUUUAAAAUGUUUUAUCAGGUUAAGGGGUUUGCAGGUCAUGCCCAUGCAUGAUGCAAGGGUGAGGGGAGGGGUGGUGCUUCUGACAUAACUAUAUAUAACACCGCCAUGCUGGACUAUAUGCAUUUUCCAAAAAGCCACUUGCAAUUCCUGGAUCUUUGUUCAUUUUGAUUUUUUUUUACAAGAAUGGCUGACAUGUCACUAUCUGACAAGCUCUGCAAUGCCUCUGCCUCUGGAAACAAAAAUGAAGUGUUGCUUUUACUGGAAAAGGGAGCACAUGUCAAUGGAUUUAACACAUUCAAGAGGACCGCACUGCAGGUGGUGAAGUUGGGAGACACCGGCGUCGUUGAGGCUCUUCUCGAGGCCGGUGCAGACCCUAACGUACCUGACCCGUCCUGUGGUCUCACCGUGACGCACGACGCCGCGCGUGAAGGUUUUCUGGAGACUGUGCGCACGCUGGUGGAGUACGGGGCAGACGUGAACCUCCUGGACAAUCGCAAUAACCUGCCGUUGCACUGGGCCGCCGGUGGCGGACACCUUGAGGUGGUCGAGCUGAUUAUUGGGCUCACAGCGAACCCCCGAGCAGCCAACAGCCUGGGACGCACCGCUGCGCAGCUCGCUCAGCUUUCUCAGCACGAGAGAGUGGCAGAGUACAUCGGCCAGUAUUUGGCCUCAAAGGCCUGCAGGUGUCUCCGAGGAAGAUGUGGGCAGGACAUGAUUCAAUUAACGUCAAAAAAAAAAAAGAAAAAGAAAAGGGAGGAGUCCAUAUAUGGGCUGAUAUCCGGAUGCCGUUCCAUGAGUUAGAAUUGGGAUUGGCUGGACAGUGAAGAGGAGGCCGACCUAGCAAACCAUAGACGUGAACAGAAAACUACUAGACCCGCGUCAGUGAGCUGCUACGGUUUCUCGUUUUUGUUUUCUCUAUCAUAGAUCUGGUGCAAAAGUAAAAUGUUUAUUUCUAUGACAUGAUCCCUUUAAUAUUUCAAUUAGUUGUUGUUGCAUCAUUAUCACCUGAUAUCAUGUUUGCGUAUUGACUUCUUUCUUUCUUUCUUUCUUUCUUUCUUUCUUUCUUUCUUUCUUUCUUUCUUUCUUUCUUUCUUUCUUUCUUUUCCUCACAGACUAGAUGAAGAUGAGAAAACGAGGAUCGUUCGGAACUCGCAGAUGUCUGACAUUUUUUAUUUUUUUGCCGUUUCGGGUUUUGUUUUUUUGCUGUCAAUUAAACAUUUUAUUAUGUAGCUUCUGAAAUAUUUCUGUUUCCUAAAUUCCUUAAUAUCCAAUCAGAGAAAUUACACGGAUUUUAGCCCACCUGUUAACAGAUGCAUAUUUUUUGUUAGUAAAAAAGAAAAAGAAAAAUUAUAUAAAUAUAUAUAUAUAUUUUAUUUUGAAUAAAAAUAAUAAUAAUAAUAAUACAUAUCUUUCACAGAGGUCAUAGUUGUGAUGGUGUUAUACUGGACUGCAUUACACUGCAUUAAUAACUUUUCCCCCUGCAUGGUGGUAUGUGUGGUGGCCUGAACUUCACAAACACCUCACAAAUAUAGUGCAGUUGAACACCAACAAAAGUGUAAGUUACCUCUGACGUAUACAUGACACAUUGUAUUGGACUGCAUUACUGCAGCUAAUAAAUUGAGUAUACACAAGCGAUUGACACUGAGAGUCAAGCACACUCAAAAUGAUGUUUCACUACUUCCUCUCUGUUUCAUUAACAUUCAAAGUUCAAAAGACUUGGGAGUCUCACGCUGAAUCAGAUGAUAUGAAAUUUCGGAGGAUGACUAUAAACUGUUCCCUGCUGAGCCGAAAGAAGCACCCAAACAAUCUGAAACAUAACACACACCACUACAAUAAGGCGUAUCUUUAUAGUUUUCAUCACAAAUGCAUUUAAUAUGCUUAUAAUGUCCUUUGAAAGAUAAAGGAAUCCACUGAGUUUGAGUUUUUAUUCUGGUCACCCACUAACAUUUAAAAACAACACUCCCAUUCCUUUCUCUUUUUUCUGUUCGCUUGUUUAAUGUGUAUGUGUGUG